CGUUGUCAUCUGAGCUGAACAGCACCGAGGAAGAAGAAAACAGUCACAGGUCACCGGUAUCCCGAGGAGAAGAAGUAGGAGGAGAAAGCCGGCUGAAGCCUUGCGUUUAGCUUUUACAUUGACAUAUGAUCUCGGUUAGCAUCUGAGAUCUACCUUCAUUAUUUUCUUUUGUUGAAACCGAUGAUCAUGGCCAAGAAGAGAAGCGGAAACCGUGAGACCGAGAGCAGUCCGCUGGUAGAGCAGGAGCCGAGGCCCUCCAAACAAACUCCAGUCCUCAAAGGAGCCCAGUCACCAGGAGGAGCCUCUGCACGCAUGUCUAUCCUCCUCCUCAUCACGAUCUUUGCCUGUUCUGCUUGUGUCAUGUAUCUGGUGUUCAGAAAUUUCCCAGAACUGAGCGAAGACGAGAGAGAAAGAAUCAAAAUUCCUAAAGACAUGGAUGAUGCCAAGGCAUUGGGCACAGUACUGUCCAAAUACAAGGACACAUAUUACACCCAAGUGCUUUUAGCGUACUUUGCUACAUAUAUCUUCCUUCAGACGUUUGCCAUCCCAGGCUCCAUAUUUCUCAGUAUACUGUCUGGUUAUCUCUACCCUUUUCCAUUAGCUCUCUUCCUGGUCUGUCUGUGUUCAGGCCUUGGAGCGUCUUUUUGCUAUAUGCUGUCUUAUUUAGUCGGGAGGCCGAUGGUGUACAAGUACCUCACAGAGAGAGCUCAGAAAUGGUCACAACAGGUGGACAAGCACAGAGAGCACCUCAUUAAUUACAUCAUUUUUUUGAGAAUAACUCCUUUCCUUCCAAACUGGUUCAUUAACAUCACCUCACCCGUCAUUAAUGUGCCUCUGGGUGUCUUCUUCCUGGGCACCUUUCUUGGAGUGGCCCCUCCAUCGUUUGUGGCGAUAAACGCAGGGACGACGUUGUACAAGCUGGCCACAGCUGGCGAGGCCGUGUCCUGGAACUCUCUUCUCGUGUUGGGGGUUUUAGCCGUGGUCUCCAUCCUGCCCGUCUGCUUUCAGAAGAAACUCCAGCAGAAACUUGAGUAGAGAUCACCACCCCUGCUCGAUUCAACUCAGGAAUGAUACUGGUCCUCUAAACUUCUCCUUGCUUUCUUCUCUUCUUUUGUGCAUGUACGACAAACCCUCGUUUCAUCAUAUGAUGGGCCAGUCAGGACCGGCCUUCCAUUGUUUCGACAGUACUUUCAUGGGAUGAAAAAUUCUGUCAUCAACGAUUCCCUCUAGCGUUAAGCAAUAUUUUCCACAUCAAUGUCUUCAGUGGAUUUUCAAUGUUUUCCACAAAAUAGCAAUGAUUUAUGUGAGAUACACUGGAAGAGACAUAUUUUCACUCCCUCUGAAGUUGCUGAGCUAACAUGGAAAGUGCCAACUGCAACCUUUGUCGUUCUUACGGCUAAUUUAAUAUUCAAACGUGUUUGAGAAUGAGGUAUUACAUGCAUUAGAAACCUUUUGAGGGUAAGUUUUCUGCUUUUCUUUCGUAUUUCUUAUGCCAGCUGAGACUGCAGUAGGGAUCUGAAUGGACGAUCUCUUAACAGUGCCCUGUGUACUGCUGCUAACUGUAGAUGAUAGUGCUUAGCUCUUGUUAUAGACCUAAUUUUUCCCAGAAAAAUAUGGAUGAUGCCACAUUAGUAUUACAGAUCAAGACUGUAGAUUGCAUAUAAUAUAACAGCGUUAUUAUUACAGGUUCCUUGAAGUAAAAGAAAUGGAACGAAUAUACUGACAUCACGCGUACUGAACUAUUAACACCCGUUUUAGCAUUUCAAACAAUUUUUCUUCCUUUACAUUUGGAUACAACUGAUUGAAAUAGUCAAAAUGCCAAAAAAGAUUUUUUUAUUUUAAAGAAGUAGUUCAUAAUUUAAUUUAAGUUGUAUAAUAUUCAUUUUAGCCAUGUGACAGAGGGAAGUAUUACAUUUUGGAAAUAUAGGAGAUUAGUAACGGUAACAGUUGGUUUUCUGGACCUAGUCAAGCCAAGCCACUGUAAACGAUUUUAAAUAAAAUAUGUCUACUUAAAGGAAUAAUUCACUCAAAAAUUUGCUGAAAAUGUACUCAU